AUGAGUUUGCUUUUAUUAUUUUCAACAACAACCUGGGCCCUAUUCAUAAUUUUCCUAACCUUGAUGACAGUAUAUGGUUACUGGCCAUAUGGAUUUUUUAAAAAAUUGGAAAUUCAUGGACCUAAACCCAUGCCGUUUUUGGGAACACUGCUUGAAUAUCGAAAGGGAUUCCACAACUUUGACACGGAGUGUUUUAAUAAAUAUGGGAAAAUAUGGGGUUUUUAUGAUGGCAGACAGCCAGUACUGGCAAUUAUGGAUCCUGGAAUGAUCAAAACUAUUCUGAUCAAAGAAUGUUACUCCAUUUUCACAAACAGAAGAAACUUCCGUCUGAAUGGCCCCAUGUAUGAUGCAAUAACUGUUGUGGAAGACGAUGAGUGGAAGAGAAUUAGGAGCGUUCUCUCGCCCUCUUUUACCAGUGGCCGACUGAAAGAGAUGUUUAUCAUUAUGAGACAUCACUCUGAUAAUUUAAUUAAGAGUCUUCAGAAAACAUCUGACAGUGGGAAAUCAGCAAACAUGAAAGAGUUCUUUGGUGCAUACAGUAUGGAUGUUGUCGCCAGCACUUCAUUUAGUGUUGACAUUGAUUCUCUCAACAAUCCAGACGACCCCUUUGUGACAAACAUCAAGAAAAUGCUCAAAUUUGACCUGCUCAAUCCUCUAUUUAUCAUUAUAGCAUUCUUCCCCUUCAUGGCCCCCGUGCUGGAGAAAAUGGGCUUUUCCUUUUUCCCAACAUCUGUGACAGAUUUCUUCUAUGCCUCACUUCGGAAAAUAAAGUCAGAACGACAAACACAUAUUCACAAAAAUCGAGUGGAUUUUCUGCAGCUUAUGGUGGAUUCCCAGACACAUGAAAAGAGCACUGUUUCAAAAGGAGAACCACUCAAAGGACUCACAGACCAUGAAAUUCUCUCUCAAUCAAUGAUGUACAUUUUUGCUGGUUAUGAGACCAGCAGCAGCACCCUCACAUUUUUGACCUACAACUUGGCCACCAAUCCUGAAACAAUGAUAAAACUUCAAGAGGAGAUCGAUCAAGUUUUUCCAAACAAGGCCCCAGUGACCUAUGAACCACUGAUGCAAAUGGAGUACCUGGAUAUGGUACUGAAUGAGUCUUUGAGGCUCUACCCUAUUGCUGCUCGUCUUGAGAGGGUUUGCAAGCAGACGGUUGAGAUCAAUGGGGUGGCCAUUCCUAAAGGGACCGUUGUCAUGAUACCAACUUAUGCCUUACACCGUGACCCUGAAUUGUGGUCAGAACCUGAACUCUUCAAACCUGAGAGGUUUAGUAAGGAAAACAAAGACAGCAUAAACCCUCAUAUCUAUUUGCCAUUUGGAGCUGGUCCUCGAAACUGCAUCGGAAUGAGGUUUGCCAUUAUCAUGAUGAAACUUGCUGUGGUUCAGAUACUUCAGAACUUCAACUUUGUUACAUGUGAUGAGACAGAGAUCCCUUUGGAGCUGGACAUUCAAGGACUUGUUGCUCCUAAAAACCCAGUAAAACUGAUGAUUGUUCCACGUGACAGUGCAAGCAAAGAUGAAUAA